UUUGAUACAGGUCUAUAGUUGUUCAUUAUAGGUACAUCCAGUGUCCAAACCUUGGACUGGUACUCUGUGUAUUGUAAUGAACUACAUUAGCCUAUUUAUAAUGCCCCCGGAUGGUGCCAGCAAAAAAUCAGGUAACCUUAGUAACUGUGCUCCUGAAGCAGCUGUAAUGGUGGGCUGUGACUGCUUGUUAUCAACACAAGGUGCAGGACUACUACUGUGAUGAGCUGCAGGUCUGGGUGGAGAGGCAUUGCAGUAAGAGGGAGGAAGGGAGACAGAAGGUCACGGCUGUCAAAGUGAAAGGUAAAGUGGGCUACAGGGGAACUGUAAAUUGGUUUUAAACAACUCCUAUGGGCAUUGGUUGGCAGAGCACAAAUAGACCUGGGAGUGGUAAUGUAUGUUCAAAUUGCUGGCAGUUGAAGUCGUGGUGUCAUUAAUGUUCAUUAUUAAUGUUUUAUCCAGGCUUCCAAUCAUGCUUGAUUCAAAGAUAAGAUGUUGCCCGUGUGAGCCAAGCAUGGGUAAAUAGUUGGAAUAUGUCUGAUGGCAAUGUAACUACGUUCUGAAGUCUACACCUGUUGUCCUGUGUUUAUCAAGCUGGGGCCGACUCCAUUUUCGGUGUAUAUUAAUGAUACUGCUCUUUCUGCUGAUAACUGCCAUUCACCUUUAUAAUGACACUAUCCUGUAUACUGGCCCCCAAUUGCUUGUAGUAUACAAUAGUAAAUCUAGCACCUUGUAAAAAAUCCUUUAAUGUAUUGCCUUUAAAUCCUUUAAUAUAUUGUAACAAAUCCUUUAACAAAUCCAAAGCCAAGGUUUCAACUGACAUAUUCGUGGACCGGCAAGAGAUUAUUUAUUGUGGCCUGUGUCAAUAAAACACUCUUCCUGUGUGGUAACAUGUGAAGUGUCCAUGAUCAAAGUCUGGGAUACCAUCUCAUCUAAUGCCUAGUUAUGUUUUCUUAUUUGUAUCUAUUUUUCUUAUUUGUAUAUAUUUGUAUCUCUCCUAUUUCAACAGAGAACUCGAAAAGCUUGAUUUCAAAACUGUUCAAAGGCAAGAGGAAAUUCUCUGUGUCCCCAGAAGUCAAAGUGGAAGACUUGCAAAAUGUCUUGCAGAAGCCAUGGCAAAGUGUUAAAUCAUCUCAUCUCAGAACUCACAAAAAUACACUUCUGGAACGUACAGAACGACUUACAUCUUACGCAGAAGGAGGAAGGCAGGUUUUCAACUCUGCUUCUCAUAUUGAGAUCCGCUACACUGAUCUCUUUGUGACAGAGGACAAUGAGUCAUUUGACAACAGCCAGCAUGAGUACUUCACCCUGGCCAGUCGACGGGCACGCAUCUACGCCCACCAGGCCUGCCAACGCAUCCACCCAUGCAGCCUCCUGAGCCCCCAAGGCCCCACAGGGUGCCGCCCAAAGCGAGUGAAGGUGAAGGGCAUUGCCGGGAUCGGCAAGAGUGUCAUAGUGCAGAGGCUAGUCUACGAGUGGGCCCUGGGGAAGCACAUGCGUGAGUUCACAUGCAUAUUUGACCUCCGCUUCCGUGAACUGAACAUAAUCAAAGACGCGCUAAGUUUACUGGACCUGCUUGGAGACCGCUUCCGAUACUUCAAAACUGUCCUGAAAGACCUUCUGGCCUCACCAGGGUCCUUGUUAUUCAUUCUGGAUGGCCUGGACGAGUUUAAAUACCAACUGGACUGGAACACUACUGACAGGGACAUCGACGUGGACUCCAAGGUGUCCAUAUCAGAGCUAAUGAUGGCAUUGAUCAAGGGGAGUCUACUACCAGAGUCAUCUGUCAUCCUGACAUCUAGGCCAUCCACGGAUGCUCCUAAGCGGUUCUUCCAGCGUUGCUGCAUGGUCUUGGGUUUUGAGGAGGACCAGCUGAAGGAGUACAUAAUCAAGUUCUACAAGGACCAUAAGGUGUCUGGGAGAGUGUACGACUACAUCCUGGGCAAUGAUAACCUCUUUGUGCUUUCUUUCAUCCCUCUCUACUGCUAUAUCAUCUGUACCGCUUUGGCUGAGUUCUUCUCCAUAGAGAACCAGGCAGAGGAUGAAUCCCAGUCUCUGGAGCAGAACCCACCCACCACAGUCAGCGAGGUAUACUACUGCUACUUAUUUACAGCCGCCAAGCACCAUGCGCUGAAAGGAAAGGCGGAGAGGAACACCCCAAGAUCGGAGGUACUUUCUCUAGUUAGGCAGCAGCUAAUUAACCUGGGGAGGUUAGCAUACGAAAAACUUCUGAAGAGUAAGAUCAUGUUUGAAAGACAGGACAUGGAACAUUACGGUCUUGCGCCAGAAGAUAUCGAGAACACUUUCCUCAGUCAGAUGCUGGUGCCUCUAAAAGAAAAUACAGUGCAGAUGUUUUCCUUCUUUCACUUGACCGUCCAGGAGCAUCUGGCUGCCCUGUACUGUGCCAUAAACCUCUCAAAGCAAGAAGACAUUAUCCAGGCUCUAGACCUUUGGUGUUUUGGGGAGAUCCCACCACCUUCCACCUCCCUGUCUCCACUACUGAGUCAUGACCUCCACCUUGGCAAGACAAGAGUAGAGAAUCUACAGAUGUUCACCCGUUUCUUCAUGGGGAUUCUCCGGACCAGGAUAGGGGGCCAGCUGAAUGGUCUGAUGCUGGCCCCUCUGGAGGUGGAUGUGAAGGAAGAGGAUCUUCCCACUAGGUUGGGUCUCUGGUUCCAGGCCCAAUUUAAGGAAAGGAAGCUGGCUAACCAGACAGCUCUGAACUUAUUACACUGCUUGAUGGAGUUGCACAUGGAAGCAGCUACCAGCAGGGCAGCAUCAGAGAUCAAGAGGCUGAACUUGUUCAAGAUUAAGCUCCGUGUUGUGGACUGUGCAGCUUUGCACUAUGUGUUGCAGUUCUCCCCUCAUAAACUCACAGAGCUUAACCUGGGCUACUCCGACAUUGGAAACAGAGGUCUUAACAGAUUAGCUCCAAUACUGCACCGCUGUGAAUCUCUCUAUUUGAGAUACAAUCGUCUGGACAGGGAGGCAGCCACCCUGGAAUCUGCAGUGUUGAAAUCAAACAAGUGUCAGGUGAAGAAGCUGUUUAUGUGUGGUAACAACUUUGGUCCAGAUGGAGUUCUGGAGUUGUGGAAAGCCCUGGAGCAGAACACCACUCUGGAGGAACUUUACUUAGACAUCACUGGCAUCACAGAGAGAGGAACAGAAAACAUGGUCGACAGUCUCAGCAAAAACACCUCGUUGAAAACACUGACCAUGGUAGGGAAUGACAUUGGGGAAGUGGGGAAAAGGAGACUGAGGGAGCUGAAGUGUCGACGCCCAGAGCUCUGCAUCAUCGGAAACUUUGUUGAUGACCAAGGACUUCUGCAGGCCUACCUGGACUGGGUAGAGGAGAUCCGGGCUGACCAGGACCAAAUGGAUUCAGUGAAGAAUGCAGACGCCCUGCAUUCUAUCCUGAAGGGGCUACGGGUGGAAUCAGGUGGGGAGCGAAAGGAGGGAUGUAAAGAAGACAAUACAACCAAAGCCCUGGAACUGGAGACCAAGAUCCUGGAGCUUUUGAACUGUCCCGCUCACCUGGCUGGAGUGAGAUGAUCAAUCAAAUGAGGCAAGGAGAAGAAAGCUGGAAUUUGUCAAAAUAUGAAUUUAGAAUCUAUGUGAAAAUGAAGUAGACUGAUUACAUUCAAAGUUAAUUUGAUUGUAAAUGUAAUCUCUGUUAAAAUAAAGUAUGUGCCUUUU